UCUACCCGGUGAUAGAGCCGUUGUUCACGGGUAGGGGAAGCUGAUAGGACACCGUUGCAGCCGUUGGUACCAUGGAGAUCGGUACCGAGAUCAGCCGCAAGAUCAGGACUGCUAUUAAAGGCAAACUUCAGGAGCUCGGAGCAUAUGUUGAUGAAGAGCUUCCUGAUUAUAUUAUGGUCAUGGUUGCCAACAAGAAGAGUCAGGAGCAGAUGACCGAUGACCUGUCUCUGUUCCUUGGGAACAAUACAGCCCGAUUCACCACAUGGCUGCAGGGAGUUCUCGAUAAGCUACGUUCACUCACACCUGGAACCAACAACCUGAAGACUUCCGAGGCCAUCAUCUUUGAGAGUGCCAUGCCUCCACUGAUGAGUUUUACCCAGAGCCUAGGUGAUGGGAUCAGAGAUACUAUGCCACUUGUGGCCUCUAGCACUCAAAAUGAAAGUGUUUUAGCUGCCCGUCUGACUUCUGCUGUAAAGCCUCUCUGUGAUAUGUCUCAGUCGGAGGCAGUCAUUGAUAUAAAACUGGAUGUGGAUGACCCUUUUAAUGAUGACAUCACCUAUGUAGUGGAAAGUGAACUGUAUUCCCAUAAGAGACCACCUGCAGUUUCCAGCUUCAGAACUUUUAGGCCAACCGCCGAGCUGUAUAAACCCCCAGGCAGUGGUCAGCCUGUGUACCAUGCUACCGAUGGCCACAUCAGCUUACACAGACAAACUCAGAAUGCCCAGUCUUCAGGGAGACCCAUCACCGUUCACACUAGCAGGGCGAAUAGUCCGCUUCGCUUGCCGCGUGAUCUAAGUGGCGUGCCAGAGACCUACAGGGCUGCAUUCCAUGCUUCCUCAAAUAGACUAUCUCAAGAGGAGGAAAUUGCAAGGAAGAGAAAAGUUCCUAUUGUUAGCUCUGUGGUGAAAAUAAAGAAACGGGCAACCGAAGGAGAUGAUGAGCAGGAAGGAGACGAAGAGGAGGAGGAGGAAGAAGAUUAUAUGUCUCACGCGGGUAUUUCCAGCAGCGUAUCUGUCCCUGCCAGGCAAGAAAGAAGGCCGACACUUCCUCCUUCAAAACAGGCAAACAAGAAUCUCAUUCUAAAGGCCAUUUCAGAAGCCCAGGAGUCAGUGACGAAAACCACCAAUUAUUCCAUAGCUACAAAAAAGCAAAUGGUACCUGUCGCCCCAAGGACGAGGUUGUUAUCUGAGGAAGAGCUCAAAUUGUUGAAGAGUCAGCCAUCUAUGCUAUAUUACCAGACAGAGAUGGAACAAGUGCCAGAGCAGAUAGCCGAAACGAGACGAGGGAACCAGCACAGAAAGGAUUUGCUUUCCAGGCUUCAGCCGGACCCAGAAGAGGAGGCUAUGCUCAUAAGACCAGAGCCUGUGGAUGCAGAGAGACUCAGACCCACAGACAGUAGAUCCUUUAUUCUUAAAAGGCCAAAACUCUCCAAGGACCCGGCCAACGAGGUCCAGUCCCAGCAAGGGCGUCUUAUACAGCCCAGGGAAACUUCUUCUGAAAAGCCAGGAAGCCCCAAGUUUAUUGUAACUUUAGAUGGAGUUCCUAGUCCACCAGGAUAUGGGUCUGGUCAUGAAUCUGAGGAAGACAAGAUGAGUGUCACAGAGGAAUGGGAAACCUACCCGGAGUCCUGCAACCCACUUAGCAGGCCAGAGCAGAAAUAUACGAUGCAGCUGAUAUCAGAAAAUACCCCCAAGACAGGUUUGUUAAUGGACGUAGAUGGUAUUUCUGCCCUGGAGAAGAUGCAUGAACGCUGCAGAUAUUGGCCUGCAUGCAAGAAUGCAGAGGUCUGUGUUUAUCAUCACCCAACCGUGCCAUGCAAGGCUUUUCCUAAUUGCCGGUUUGCUGAUAAAUGUUUCUUCAUCCACCCUAAUUGUAAAUAUGAUGCAAAGUGUACCAAAGCAGAAUGCCCUUACACACACGCCAGCAAGCGUAUUGCUGUGCCUCUAAAACCAGGUACACCACCUGCCACCCAAAAACCCCAAACCUGCCGGUUCUUUCCCGUUUGCAAGAACACAGAGUGCACUUACUUUCAUCCUAAGCUUUGCAGAUUCAAUACACAAUGCACACGACCAGACUGCAAAUUUUACCACCCUUCAGUUGCUGUGCCACCACGCCAUGCCUUGACCUGGACACGAUCACAGGCCAGUGAUUGACUCUGCACAUAGAAAGAAACUGGAAAAUGGUCCAAAUCGCUGGCACGAUGGACUUCAGUUGAGUUUGUUUUUUUUUUCGGUGCGCAGACUUUCGGAAGU